AGUUCAGUAGGAAUCCAAACAACUAAUCAAUUGUAGAGCGAAGAUGUGUAAAAUAGUUUUCCUGAUUGCUUGUCUUGCUGUCAUCGCAUCGGCUCAGUACUACGGAGGACAUCACGGUCAUCACGAGGAUCACCACCAUUCCCAUCCGAAAUACAAAUUCGAAUACGGGGUAAAGGAUGGACACACCAAAGAUCACAAAAGCCAGUGGGAACAUCGCGAUGGAGAUCUGGUGAAGGGACAGUACACUCUGGAUGAAGCCGAUGGAACGCAUCGUGUUGUUGACUAUACCUCAGACCAUAAAACUGGAUUCCAGGCUCAUGUUCAACGGAAGGGACACGCCCACCACCCACACGGAGAGAGCUACGUUAAAAUUGAUCAGCACUAUUAA